CUUCUAGUGACGACCGGGAGCCGGGGUGUGAUUUCCGGCUUGAAGAACAAAGUUGGGGGGGAGAGGAUUGCAGGUUCCAGGAUUUUAUAAAAUGGACAGUCAGGGAAGGAAAGUUGUAGUUUGUGACAAUGGAACUGGGUUUGUAAAGUGUGGUUAUGCAGGCUCCAACUUCCCUGAACACAUCUUCCCUGCACUGGUGGGCCGGCCAAUCAUUCGGUCCACUGCCAAAGUGGGCAACAUCGAGAUUAAGGACCUGAUGGUGGGGGACGAGGCGAGCGAGCUGCGCUCGAUGCUGGAGGUGAACUAUCCCAUGGAGAACGGCAUUGUGCGCAACUGGGACGACAUGAAGCACCUGUGGGACUACACCUUCGGCCCGGAGAAGCUCAACAUCGACUCGCGCAGCUGCAAGAUCCUGCUCACAGAGCCGCCCAUGAACCCCACCAAGAACCGCGAGAAGAUCAUCGAGGUGAUGUUUGAGAUGUAUCAGUUCUCAGGGCUUUACAUCGCCAUUCAGGCUGUGCUGACUCUCUACGCUCAAGGUCUUCUGACGGGCGUGGUGGUGGACUCAGGUGACGGGGUCACUCACAUCUGCCCAGUCUACGAGGGCUUCUCUCUGCCACACCUCACCCGACGGCUGGACAUAGCGGGGAGGGACAUCACACGCUACCUCAUCAAGUUGCUGUUGCUGAGGGGAUAUGCCUUUAACCACACUGCGGACUUUGAGACGGUGCGCAUGAUGAAGGAGAAGCUCUGCUAUGUGGGAUAUAACAUCGAGCAGGAGCAGAAGCUGGCUCUGGAGACCACUGUACUGGUGGAGUCCUACAUGCUCCCAGACGGGAGAGUCAUCAAGGUUGGUGGGGAGAGGUUUGAGGCACCCGAAGCCCUGUUCCAGCCCCACCUCAUCAAUGUGGAGGGGGUGGGUGUGGCUGAGCUGCUUUUCAACACCAUUCAGGCAGCUGACAUCGACACCAGGUCGGAAUUCUACAAACACAUCGUCCUCUCUGGGGGGUCUACUAUGUACCCCGGCCUGCCAUCCCGGCUGGAGCGUGAGCUGAAACAGCUGUACCUGGAGCGCGUGCUGAAGGGGGACGUGGACAAGCUCUCGAAAUUCAAGAUCCGAAUUGAGGACCCCCCUCGGCGUAAGCACAUGGUGUUCCUGGGCGGGGCCGUGCUUGCUGACAUCAUGAAGGACAAGGACAACUUCUGGCUGACGCGCGAGGAGUACGAGGAGAAGGGCAUGCGCGUGCUGGAGAAGCUGGGCGUCACCGUCAGAUAAACCCCACCCACUUCCCACCACUGUAUAAACCCCACCCACCUCCAACCGCUCUAUAUAACCCCACCCAUUUCCCACCACUCUGUAUAAACCCCACCCACCUCCAACCGCUCUAUAUAACCCCACCCAUUUCCCACCACUCUGUAUAAACCCCACCCACCUCCAACCGCUCUAUAUAACCCCACCCACUUCCCACCACUCUGUAUAAACCCCACCCACCUCCAACCACUCUAUAUAACCCCACCCACUUCCCACCACUCUGUACAAACCCCACCCACCUCCAACCGCUCUAUAUAACCCCACCCACUUCCCACCACUCUGUAUAAACCCCACCCACCUCCAACCGCUCUAUAUAACCCCACCACUGUACAAACCCCACCCACCUCCAACCACUCUAUAUAACCCCACCCACUUCCCACCACUCUAUAUAACCCCACCCACUUCCCACCACUCUGUACAAACCCCACCCACCUCCAACCGCUCUAUAUAACCCCACCCACUUCCCACCACUCUGUACAAACCCCAUCCACCUCCAACCACUCUAUAUAACCCCACCCACUUCCCACCACUCUGUACAAACCCCUCCCUCUGCUCUGUAUAAACCCCACCCACCUCCCGCCCGCUCUGCAUUAACCCCAGAUUGUGGGUGCUCAGACUUAUUUAGGGUGGUAUGGGUUUUGGGGGUGAGGAGUCAAGCCGAUGGUUUGGUUUGUGACACUGGGUCCAUCACCUCUGUGGCCUCAUGCCCUUCAUCAGCUUCACUCACAGUUCUCCAACAACAACUUUGCCAUUCGCUUCUAGAUAAAAGUAUUCAUCACCUCCAGGGAGGAUGUUUUUGUUCUUUUUUGAUUGUUAUACUUAUGAUAUGUUUUUUGGAGGUUUGCUUGCUUUCUUUCGGAUGUCUAAAAUGUUUUUUACUUUUCAUACGUUUAUAUGUUUCCCAUUGCUUUACUUCCUUUCUUUGGAGUAGAGAGCAGGAAUGUGUAGUCACGUCACUUUCCCACCGUCGCCCUUGGACACAGAGCUUCAUCCUGUUCUGCUCAGAAAUAAUCAUCAGAUGAAGUCACAGGGCUGUGUGGGGUUCUUCACCAGGGCUCUGAGUGUGGGUUGAAAUGAUUGUAAUUUGACAUGGAGAUACUGUAAAAGCUUGUAUUUAUGUUUUGUUUGGCUCUUGUGUAUAUUUGAGGCACUUUUCCGUAAAUAUAUACACGCACUUUACUUACUUAGUACUUUAUUUAGUAGACCUAUACACAAGCUUGUUAUGCAAAUAUUUAAUCAGCCAAUCAUGUGGCAGCAACUAAAUGCAUAAAAGCAUGGAAUGAUAGUUGGUGCCAGACAGGGUUGUUUGUGUAUCUCAGAAACUACUGAUCUCCUGGAAUUUUUACGCACAACAAUCUCUAGCGUUUGCAGAUAAUGGUCCAAAAAACAUCCAGUGAGCAGCAGUUCUGCGGGCAAAAACGCCUUGUUAAUGGGAGAGGUCAGAGGAGAAUGGCCAGACUGGUUAAAGCUGACAGGUGACAGUAACGCAAAUAACCACACAUUACAACAGUGGAAUGCAGAAGAGUAUCUCUGAACACACAAGUCAAACCGCUCAGUGGAUAGGCUACAGCAGCAGAAGACUUUAUAAGUCUAAAGAAAAUGUCUAAUAAAUACCUAAUAAAGUGCUCAUUAAGUAUAUAAUUUUUUCCAGAAACAUUCCACAUCCAGUGCUGAGCACAGUUAUUUUUUUGGUGGAUCUUUUUAUUUUUAUUUUUUAUUUUUAUUUGUUUUUGUAACUUUUUUUGUUUUGUUUAAAGCAAAUUUAAAAUAAAGCCAAGUGAUUUAUAAA